ACCUGAAAAGGAAAAUUGGGAAGGCCAAUGCAACCCGCGAAAUACAAUUAUAACGAAGCCAGAGAAUAGUACAAGAACCAAACGGCAUUCGAAUAAAAACGCUUUCUUGCACUUUUCUUCUCUUUUGUCAGAGAAUCUCCCAAACUCUCUUUCUGUUUGGUCACAUUCCCUACCUCUUCAUUAUCUACAUAUUAGAUUAGACAAGUAGCGGAGGUCAGAAAAAAAAGAUCCGUAAGCGUUAUGGCUAAGUUUUGGUGUUCUUUAUGUAUGAUCACAAUAUUUCAACUGUCACAAUUGGCCAUUUCUGGGCGUGAACAAGUCCCAACACCACCGCUUCCAGUUCUACCACUCCCAACAUUUUCCCAAUUGAAAUGGCAACAAAGAGAGAUCAUAAUGUUCCUUCACUUUGGUGUCAACACAUUCACAGACUCCGAAUGGGGUACUGGGAAAGAAAACCCAUCCAUAUUCAAGCCUGUUGGUCUCAAUGCUAACCAAUGGGUUGCCGCAGCUGCAGAAGCAGGGAUUUCUCUCAUGAUCCUCACUGCAAAACACCAUGAUGGCUUUUGCUUGUGGCCUUCUAAAUAUACGGAUCAUUCUGUUAUAUCUAGUCCUUGGAAAAAUGGCCGUGGGGACGUGGUGCAAGAGUUCGUCGGUGCAAUCAAGGCUCAUGGUGGCAUCGAUGCUGGAUUGUACCUGUCACCCUGGGAUCUCCAUGAUCGACGAUAUGGACAUGAUUUGCAGUACAAUGAAUUCUACUUAGCUCAGUUGCAAGAACUGCUUAACAAAUAUGGGAGUGUGAAGGAGAUAUGGUUUGAUGGAGCGAAAGGUAAAAAUGCCAAGAACAUGUCCUACUAUUUCACAGAUUGGUUUGCAAUGGUGAGAGAGUUGCAGAGUUCAAUCAAUAUAUUUUCAGAUGCCGGUCCUGAUGUGAGAUGGGUGGGAAAUGAGCAAGGAUUUGCCGGAAACACCAGCUGGUCUACCAUCAACAGUACCUUGCUAUCAAUCGGAAAUGCAAGCAUUAUUGAUUAUCUUAAUACGGGUGAUCCAAAAGGGACAAAUUGGUUGCCUGCAGAGUGUGAUGUUUCAAUCCGAAAAGGAUGGUUUUGGCAUAAAUCGGAGUCACCAAAGAAGUUAAGCGAGCUUUUAGAGAUUUACUACAAUUCAGUUGGCAGAAAUUGUGUCAUGUUACUUAAUGUACCACCCAAUUCAACAGGGCUUAUAUCUGAAACAGAUGCUCAUAGAUUAAAAGAAUUUGGAAGUGCAAUUGACACAAUAUUUUCUAACAAUUUGGCAGAGAACUGUUUCAUAGAAGCUAGUAGCCAAAGAGGGGGGAAGGAUGGUGGUUUUGGUCCCGAGAAUGUGUUGGAUAGUGAUCAUCUUUGGACAUAUUGGACCCCAAGGGAUGAUGGUGACAGAAAGGAACAUUGGAUUGAAAUCAGAGUGCCCAAUGGAGGGCUGAAAUUCAAUGUUGUCAGAAUUCAAGAAGCAAUUGGGCUGGGACAAAGGAUCGUAAGCCAUGAAAUUCAUGUAGAUGGCAAGAAACUAGUGGAAGGGACAACAGUGGGAUAUAAGCGGCUUCACAGACUUGAACAGGUUCACGGUCAAGUUGUGAGGAUCAUAAUUAAGGAAUCGAAGGGGCAGCCUUUGAUCUCUUCCAUUGGUUUGCAUUCUGACCCAUACUGGAACCCAAACGGGCAGCUUGUUUUUUAGUAUUAAUAUUCCCGGCCUCAAGCAGUAAUCAAACUAAAAGGUAGCUUUUUAAGCAUUUAGGCUUUCGGCUGAUUCCUUUUUGCUUUUUGCUAUUUGCAUAUAUUUCAGGCCCAUGCUUUUCUGUUUGAUCUCUUUGUCUUCAUAUACGCGUAAUAAAGGUUCUAAAAGCAUAAAGGCAAAGAGGUAUAUCUUAUUUUCUCCAUCAAUAUUGCAUGAUACAAUCUCUUUGCAUUCAUAUCAGAAAAACUGUACUACUCACAAUAUUUAAUAGUAAUAAUAAUAUUCAUAAUAAAAUCACUUCAAACUUGAAGCUCUCAAAAAAUUAAUUAAAGCUUGGCUCGCAGGAUCAGGAUCCUUGAAAAUCCUCUAGUCUCGACUUCAUUAUUUUUUUUUUAAUGUAAUUGUUAAAAAGUGGAUUAUGUUUAAGAAAUUAAAGUA